AUGGAGUAUGUUGGAGCUGUUUCGGAAGGAGAAUGGAGCUCAUUGAGUGGGAUGUACACUGCUGAGGAAGCGGAUUUCAUGGCCCAGUUGCUUGAAAACUGUCCACUUUCAAGCAUGCCAGGCAUGGAAGUCCCAGAUGCUUUCUGGCAAGGCAAUGAAGAAUCAACAUUGCACAUGUCAGGCUACUAUGAAGGUUCACAUUGUUCUCUAGAAACUACUAAUUCUAAUUUCAUUGCUUCAAGCAACGAAAGCUACUACUUGAGUGAUUCUCACCAAAUGUUGGCAAUAAACAACAAUAGCAAUAGCUCUGUGUCGAUUGAUUUUGGUAUCGGGGAUGUGAAAACCAUCAAUACCUAUCUCAUUGAAGGAGAUGAACGUGAUAAAUGCUCAAACCGAGAAACAAGUAAAGGCAACAUCGAAGAGUCUGGUGGGAUGAGCAGGCCUGAAGCUGUAAAUCUUGAGAAGAGGAGAUCUCAAAGUAGCCUCUCCAAGAUUAACUCCAUGAAAAGAUCUCAAAGUUCAGACAAUGUUCAAAUGAAUAAGAGGAGCAUGAAGGCAAAGAAGAGCCUGCGGAUUACAACUAGCAACAAUGAAGAUGGUAAUGCAGGCCCCAAUAGACAGAGUUCGAGUAGUUGCUGCUCAGAAGAUGACUCCAUUGUUUGUGAGGUGAGUGGAGGGUUUAGUCCAACUUCAAGCUUGAGUCCAAAGGAUGCUGCAGUUCCUGACUUGAAUGGAAAAUCGAGAGCACGAAGGGGGUCAGCCAGUGAUCCGCAAAGCCUCUAUGCAAGGAAAAGAAGAGAGAAAAUAAAUGAGAGGCUGAGAGUUCUGCAGAACCUUGUCCCCAAUGGAACAAAGGUUGAUAUUAGCACCAUGCUUGAGGAAGCUGUCCAUUAUGUGAAGUUCUUACAACUCCAAAUUAAGCUGUUAAGUUCUGAUGACAUGUGGAUGUAUGCUCCCAUCUGUUACAAUGGAAUGGACCUCGGACUUGAUCGGAAACUCCCUACACCAAGCCAACCUUAGAAAGACAAACCGAGACUCCAAUUAUUUUUUUCUUAUUUUUUCCUUGGCAAUAAACAUUAUUAAGAAACAAGAACCAAAUAAAGGCAAACA